AUGGAGGAACAGCUCACAUUCGGCGCAGCCCUCGUCCAACCGAAACCGCUGGCGAGCACUGUAAAUCAGCUAGAGCGCCCUGUAAGGAGAACGGCGGGGAAACUGGGGCCAGUCGCCGGGCUUAAUUCAGCCCCCAAAGGCCGCACAGGCGGCAGGAAAUGGGGCCACAUUCGGUACGGUGCGCCGGGACUCACCUCCUUGACCACCAACGGGUUCCUUCUUACUGACCGGGCCAUCCUUGCCACCGAGCUGACACCCCUCAUUCUGCCACUGCACUGCGCUCAACAUUGUCGAGAACCGUCUUUUGACAAGGCAGCUCCAGUCCAGGCGGAUAAGCAUGGGAGUACGUCGAAUCUAGGCACGACGGAGCUUCGGCAGACUGCUCAGCGAGUCGGACGCGGUCGAGGUCCAAAGUGUAGAACCGCGAGCGCAAACAUGGCUGACGGCAGCCUCGAAGAAGGUUGGACGACGGUCCACAGACAGUUCCAGGGUCACCCCGAACGUCUCCCGCCCGCCCAGCGCGAGCUCCACGAGAGAACCCAGAUUAAGGAAUGGGAGUCAUCGGACGGUCACUGGUCUGGCAUAGGAAAGCACCCUGCGGACUUCACCGAAUCGAAAAAGCUCCAUCACAAGAUCACUGUGCCUCAGGACAAUAGUCUGGGAUGGGGUACUUACGGUCGCGUCGAAAAGGUUACCCAUCGAACGGUCUGUCUGGCGCGAAAAUGGAUUCAGCCGAGGCGCGGUCGCACGAUAGAGAUCCUCCGUGAGGAGGCACACGUCAUGGAAAGGCUGGACCAUGACCACAUUGUCAAGUUGAUUGGCACCUAUACGUUUAGACAGCGGGAGCUGUACCUCCUGAUAUGGCCGGUUGCCGUAUGCAACUUGGACGAACUACUCACAGACCUCGAUGAUUUAAGGAGCGGCCAAGGCGAUCGAGAGGAUAUCACCAAGAGACUCAUGGCGCUGGGCCUUACGGAUUUAAGCGCCAUCCAGGGCAGCGUCCGCGAUGCUCCCAACUCGGGCUCCAAGGGAAAAUGUCCUCUGAAGUUCCUCCAGCGCAUCAUGGGCUGCAUCGGCCAAGCUGUUACCUAUUGCCAUCAUUCCAACAUUCGCCAUCUCGAUCUGAAGCCGACAAACAUCCUGCUCAAUCCCGAGAGGGUUUAUUUAGCCGACUUUGGUAUUGCUCGGGACGUCAACGACCAGGAAAAGACGACAACCAUCGGUCACCAGGGGACACCGAAAUGGCGGGCCCCUGAGAUUUAUGACUUGAAGGACUGGUCUAUGAAGUCUGCCGAUAUCUACUCCUUGGGCCUCAUCUACCUGAAUAUCGCCACAGCAGUGUAUCACGGCAAUCUGUCGGCCUUCUAUACUGUGAUUGAGGACCUCGUUCCUCGCUCUCGUGCUGAAAAGCUCGAAAAGUUUCAGCAACAAUUAACCCUCCACGCACUGGCUACGCAGCAAUUCCAUGAGGCAACAUCCCCGACCGUUUCCCCACGACACAUCCUGGGCUUGACCCAGAGAAUGCUCCUUCUCGAACCAGGAAGCCGGCCUCGGGCAGAUCAGGUGGAUCAUGAACUCGUCGACCUCGGUGGUAUUGAUCAGGUCUACCAUAGCCCGUGCUGCAGAAAGAGCACAAGAUAUCUAUCAAAGAGGAUCGAAAAAAGGUUAUUCGCGAUGCACCGCGAGAACGGCAGCCUCAAAGCUGAAGUUGAACGCCUCAAGAGGGACAACGCGGGGUUGGUGGGUAUGGAUGAGACUUAUAACAUGCGUUUGGUGAACCAAGAGAGGUCGCACGCCAAGCACAUUGAAAACUUGACGAAAAGCCUGACGAAGCAGCUAGAAGAAGAGAGAGAAAAAAGCAGGAAACUGGAGGGAAAGAUGGCUCAGGCACAGAUGGAUAUGCAGGCAAGAAGACACAGUCGGUCAGGCUUGCCACGAGUUGAAGCUACGCAGCAGACUCGCCCAACCUUCAACACCCCUGAAGCCGGCAGUGGUCUAGGAAUUCGUAUGAGGCCACAAACACAUCCCAUGCCUCAAACCGCUGUUCGACCACCUCCAAGUUCAGUAUCAGCACCCUCCGCAGCACCCUCCCGUCCUGCAGUCGUGACACGAAUCCCCUCUGAACAAGCGAAAGCCUGGGUUAUUCGUAACGCGGCCGUAAUGUCAAGCGGCAUCCCAACUCCGGCUCGCAUAACAGAUUCCCCAUCUCCGAACCCGCAAACGCCACCAACAUCGGCGUUGCCAUCCCGCAGCUCAGCGUCUCGUCUUCCCAUCCUCGCAAAGAUCCCGGCGACCCCGCGCACGAACACGCCGACUCUUGCUCGAGACCCGAGCUUGACUGACAGCACGCAAGCCAGCAUGUCGUCCUCAAUCUUUUCACGCCGCAGCUUUGAUACGACGACUGAAGCAGCGCCGACACCGCCAGCCGCCAGUCCAGUGAUCAAGAAAGAUACUUUCGAUAUGACCGUCCGAGAGGUUCCAGCACCGCCGACGCCUAACGAUGAAGUACCGAGCCCGGUAUUGUCUAUUCCGCCAUCCUUCUCGUCGGUGUUGUCGUCUCCGCGGACGGCAACUGUCGACCUGGCAUCCGUCGCGGACAGCGAGAUUUCGCAGGAGGGCUUGGCUGCCAUCAAUGUGCCUUCUUUGCAGUCGUCCAAGAGCUGGGCAGCCGUUGCCGGCCAAGGGAAGGGGUUUUCCAGGAUAGUCAUAAGCUCACCGUCGAAGGCAACUCAGUCGGUGGCUCCGACUGCGCCUGCUUCUGCUGGACGCGGGAGGACCAGAGACCGGACGGCACCUGGCUCUGGCAUGUAG